GCGUGCCGUUCCGGCCCCGCCAUGGCGGACCUGGGCCGGCAGCUGCACGAGUACCUCGCCCAGUCCAAGGCCGCCCCCGCCCCGCCGCCCGCCGGCGGCCCGCAAGAGGAGCCGGAGGGCGGCGGCGCGGGAGCGUGGCCGAGCGCCUUCCCGGGGCCGGGCUGGCGCUGGCCGUGGGCGGCCGAGGCGGACCCGUGGCUGCCGGGGCUGUCGCCGUGGCAGCGGCUGGCGGGCGCCGCGCUGUGCCUUCUGCUGGCCGCCCUCUGCUUCGGGCUGGCCGCGCUGUACGCGCCGCUGCUUCUGCUCCGCGCCCGCAAGUUCGCGCUGCUCUGGUCGCUGGGCUCGCUGUGCGCGCUGCUCGCCGCCGCGCUGCUGCGCGGCCCGUCCCGCCUGCUGCGGGAGCCGAGCCGCGGCUCGCUGCUGUACGCGGCGGCGCUGGGCGGCACGCUGUACGCCGCGCUGGGGCUGCGCAGCACCGCGCUGACCGCGCUGGGCGCCGCCGCGCAGUUGGGCGCCGCCGCCGCCGCGCUGCUGGGCGCGCUGCCCGGAGGGGCCGCCGGGGCCCGGCGUCUCGGAGCGCUCGCGGUGGCCGCGCUGCGCCGCGGGGCCGCGCUGCCCGUGUGACGUGCGGGAGGAGCCGUCCCGCCGCGGUUCCUCGCAAGAAGGCGGCGCGGAGCGGCGGCGAUUCCGAAUUCGAGCACGGGACCGCGCCCGGCCCGGCCGCGUCUGGAGCCGAGGAGGAGCGUCUGCCGGCGGAGGACCGCCCGGCGCCGGAGCGGAGACGUCGGCGGUGCGGGGCGGAGGGCGCCGAGCGGCCCGGCUCCCCGCGCCCGGUGCUGCGUCGGUGCCGGGACCCUUAGCGAGCGCCGCGUGCCCCCGGCUGCACAGAAAGCCGCCUGUAAUUGGCAUCCAGAUGGCAGACCAGCAAGCAGCAGUGACUUCCUGUGCUCUGGAGUUUUGAUGUCAGCACCUCUGGUUAUUUAUAGGCAGCUGAGACCGCAGGCAAAACAGUUCUCUAUCCACAAUAAACCAAAAACGAGGAAUAAGCCGUUAGUACUGCCCACAGAUGAGACUUCAGGAGGUAGUUUGUUGCUCCAUCUGAUACACAAGUUUGUUAAGAAACAGCACUUGAUAGGAAUAGGUUCAGUAUCUCCAUGGCAGCCUAGAAGAUUGACAGUAAUCAGGCAAUCCCUUGGGGAUUAAAGGAGAUUAUGCCUCAUACAGUCAGCGAGGACUUACUUAAGUCGGGUCCCUCAAAAGUGCCAGCCAUACACAGUCUGAUCCUUUACAGCUAUCUGCAGUUCUUUGUAUACUUUUAUUGCAGAAUACAACAAAACCAAGAGAACCGGAUGUUAAACCACAUCUGCUACAGUGUGUGCAAUUCUUAGUCACCCCACUCACAUAAUGAUAAGUUAAAACUGAAGCGAGUAUAGACGUGGUAAGAAGGGCAGUAAAGGAUACAGAAUGCAUUCCAGAGACAGCACAUGAAUGGAUGAGAGCUCUGGCAUAGAGAAGAGCCAGCUCAGGAUGGAAGCGACGGUUUGAUGCAGCCAGAGGCAGCAUUCAGAAAUAACAAAGACCAACUAAAACGCAAGCCAUCACUGAAUGAACGUAGUGAAUGAUGGGCUUAAGAAGAUAAAAGCUUUUUUUUUUUUCCCCCAAUUAAGUUUUAGAGCUCUGUGGAUGUCAGAAGUUUCGAUGAUUCUUAAAGCUGGAUAAGGCUUCUGUUGAAAAACACACCAGUGUUGCACGAGGUUUUCAAUACGAGGGACUU